CAAAAAACCUUCCGUAUGUUACUACUGCGUUCACGUUCGCGAAACGACUGCACGACCUAUUCAUGCGUAUAUAUUUCCAAUCUGGACAAGAAAAUUGCCUAAGCACAACACUCGGUUGUUCAUUUACAUCUCAAAAUGCUGCGCCCACCCACUGUCGAACUCUUUAUGUUUUCGGUCUUGGCCUAUUGUGCUGUGGCCAUCUUGAUAUGGGAUAUCAUUAUAUGUCUUAGGAGGGAGUAUUUGUCAAUUUGGAAACGGAAAUGGUCCUUUACAAGUCUGCUAUACUCAUGGUGUCGGUACUUUCCCCUAGUUGCACAAACUAUCUGUAUUUCCCUCCCUCGUCCCAUUUACACAGGAACGAGUUUACGUCUGCUCUGCGGAAGAAUACAAUACUUUAGAGUCAUCAACUCUUCAAUAUCUCUCAUCACUCUCCAAUCUUGGUUAUUAUACAGAGCCUACAUCAUCUACAGCCGAAGUCGUGGAAGCCUUCUGAUGCUGAUGUUCAUACUGACAGUUUCCGUUGGUCUACAAAUUGCUGGAGCCGCGGUCACAAUGCAACAUGUGAAAUAUAGGCCCGGAUGUUCUGGAGAGACCGAGGUUUAUGCUGCCUUCCUCUUUGUCGCUGGAACCGCCAUUGCGCUUUUCACCUCGCUGACCGUAAGCGUUGUGGUGCUUGUCCGCGCUUUCAAAGCACCCGGAGGAUGGGCAGCUGGGAAGACUGUGACUCGCAUUAUGAUAAGGGACAAUGUCAUAACUCCCAUCCUCAUUAAUCUUGGUUUCAUACCUUGCGCAGUUUUGGGAUUGAAAACAGGCUUGCAGAAUAUUAUUGUUUGGGAAGUCGGCUUUAUAUACAUCAACCUCAUAUUAUCCUUAUUCGUUUGCAGAAUGAUUGUCAACGUUCGCGAAACAUUCGCCAAUGACAAAGAGAUGGUUCACACGGAGCUUACAGUCUUCCGUUCUUUCGAACUGCACGACACUUCGAUCACAACAACGUCAGCUGGGAUAUUAAAUAACUCCGUAUGCCAGUGUCACUCGGGAACCGACAGCUAGAUAAAAACAGAGGGAUGGGAUAUAUGGAGUACAGAAAAACUUGACACAAGGUUGCUUCAUGAUACUGUAACCUACUGAUCAUUACUGCCAGGCGGAACGUAGAUAGAUUUA